AGAAAUGAAUCAUUAAAUGAUAAUAUCGUUGACAUGAUAGCUUUGGACAGCUAGGACAAGACAUGUCUAGUAAAUCUCUUCAAGAGGAGUUCCCCAUCCAUUGGCUGGUUUGGGAUAAUGAUUACCAAGGAAUAGAACGAGAAUUGUCUAACAAAUCAAAUAAUGAUAUUGAGGGGAAGGAUCCUCGUGGUAGAACUCCGUUACAUUUGGCAGUAGCCUUGGGGCACCUUGAGAGUGCUCGGACUCUUUUAAGACAUGGAGCAAGUACUCUUGCAGAAAACAAAGGCUAUUGGUCAGUGUUACAUGAGGCUGUUUGUACAGGUGAUCCAGAACUGGUACAGAUUGUGUUAGAAAACAGAGACUACCAGAGGUACAGCAAAAGGACAGUAGGGGUCCCAGACCUUCUGAAAAAGCUCAAGGAGUCUCCAGAUUUCUAUGUUGAGAUGAAGUGGGAAUUUACAAGUUGGGUUCCAUUAGUAUCAAGAAUGUGUCCUAGUGACACAUACAGGGUGUGGAAAAGUGGGUCCAAAGUAAGAAUAGACACCACACUUCUGGGGUUUGACAACAUGAACUGGGAAAGAGGAAGCAGAAGCUACAUCUUCAAAGGCACUGAGAACAGGGCAGUAGCAAUGGAGAUAGAUCAUGAUAGACGAGAGGUUUUCACAGAGACAAUGCAGAUUUUACCAGCUAACUUUGACAUGUCAUUAAUGAAGCCAUCAGAAGAUGCCAUUGCAGCUCGGCUCACCAACCCUGUGGUCACAACUUACAUAGAUACCGAUAAAAUAGCUUUUGAAAGAAAUAAAUCAGGGAUUUGGGGCUGGAGAAGUGACAGAUCAGAAGUUGUCAAUGGCUAUGAAGCCAAGGUUUUUAGUGCAUCGAAUGUAGAGCUUAUAACUAAAACAAGGACUGAGCACUUGUCUGAUUCAGACAAACAGAAAUCCAAAAGUAAAAGUAGCAAAACGCCAUUGGAGUCCUUCCUAGGGGUAGCAGAGGAACAUAACAAAAAGCAGGGAGCCACCAAUGGGGAUAUAUUGGAUCUUAUUUAUAACCCUAGUCAUAUCACAAAAGAGGAAUACUUCAACAGUCAUAUAGACCUUGGAGACCGUGAUAUUGGUCGUCCCAUUGAACAAUCUAAAAAGACUCAGAAGUUUAAAGCUACUCUGUGGUUGUGUGAACAUUACCCAUUAUCUCUACAAGAGCAAGUCGUGCCAAUCAUUGACUUGAUGGCAGCCAGCAAUGCACAUUUUCAAAAAUUGAGAGAUUUUAUCACUUUACAAUUACCUGCCGGAUUUCCGGUGAAAAUAGAAAUUCCCUUGUUCCAUGUUCUGAAUGCCAGAAUAACUUUUGGAAAUAUAAAUGGCUGUGAUACCCCUGUGGAGGGGGUCACCACAACAGAGGAUGCUGGGAAGGUGACCACCUUUGUAGAUGAGUCCUGUUUUGAGUCUCCACCAGGCUACAGACGAUUAGGUGAUAUUCACCAUGAGAGACUGAGAGAUGAGGAUGAUCAGAUUUUACAGUUUGCCAUUCAGCAGAGUUUGAUGGAUGGUAACACAGACCCUGUAGAACAGUUGACAUUUUAUGAGGCACUAAACAAUAUUCGACCUCCCCCUCCAACCCGACCUUUGCCAUCUAUAAGACAAGAAGAGGAUGCUCUACUACAAAGAGCAAUAGCAGAGAGUUUAGCUCUACAAUCAGGGAACCCAGUUUGUUCAGAGAUUAUCUCAGAACCUAACAGUAGCAGUAACAUUGAUGAUGACUUACAACUAGCCUUGGAACUGUCUCAGCAGACUCUUACAGAAGAUGAAAAACGCCGGAAACAGGAAGACGAGGAGCUGGAAAAAAUCCUCAAACUGUCACUGGAGGACAAGUGAAUUUCUCCUCCUCAUCAUGAGGAUUGUCAGACUCUGUCAUAUAACCUUUUGUGAAAGACUUAGGUUCAUGUGCUUUAUCGGGUGUUAUGUGAUAUCAUUACUCAUGGAUUUUGAGAAUGGAUCUUUUUAUCAUUGACCUUGUAUUGAAACCAUAAUGGCGCCUCUUUCCAUUAGGUUUACAUUCCUCCAGUAUCUAGAGUAUAUAUGUGUUGUGUCAAGAUGCAGUUGUGAUUCUGCCAUCUUUUGUUUUGGAAUAUGUUGCGUCAAAUACCCCUGCCUAUCAGGCAUCGCUACUGUCAGAUAGUGCUAGUUGUCCUGAGUAGGUAAUUGUGCUAAAUCUAAAAUGUAUGUGUUCAUUGUCCAAAAGUCUGCAGAUUAUUCACACAUGUAUUUUGUUACAAAGUCAGGUUUAUACUGUAUGAAUGUUGUUGCUUAAUUUAUUAAAAUUCAUUAUUACAGCA